AGGCCUGCGAAGGGAGGGGAGGGGAGGUGGGCUUCUCCGGCAGCAGGCUCCGAGACUAGCCGGCCCCGGGCAGGGAGGGUCCCCAGGGGCAGCACCCCUCCCGACCGUUACUUCCCGGCCCCCGAGAGGUCCCCCGCCUUUUCCCCUCUCUUUUCCUGUAGUUUGAGCUGUGGCCGAGGCACGUCCAUUGUCCCCGGAGUGUUUUGCGUGCGCUCCCUGCUUCAUCAAAGUUACCUGGCUGGCUCAAAGAGAAGUGUUCCCAAGUGUAUACCACGGAACUUCCAGUGAAAGACUGCACAUGUUAACCCAAUGAACCUUUCUCUGUUAGAAUUCUCUAGUUUGAAUCACCUAAUACAAAUUUAAACCUAGAGCCCUUUUUCUGCCACUAAUUUAUUUUCGGCACCUUAGGCAAAUCACUUGACUUCUCUUGACAAACUCCUCAUAUAUAAAAGAAGGGGAUUGUACUCUAUUUCCAAAAGUCCUUUCCAACACUAAAAAUUUUUAGAACCUGGGACCCAAGGAGAACAGCGUAUGGAGAAGCUUGGGGCAAAUAAUCAAGCUGCCAAUUAAGUAGGCUCUAGAGAGCCUACCCUUUACUAAAAUCCCAUGCCCUGCUCAGGUGCUGCUCUCCAUGGUGCUGUCUUGUAUGUGAUCUCAACGUUGUUCUGGGUUCCAAUUUGUAGUUCUGGGGACGAACACAACUUGGUAUCAUAAUGAAGGGAUAGGUAGGGACUGACCUUUCUCUGUUGAAGAAGCCUGGGAAAGGAAGAAACAAGGAGGUAUUUUAUGCUGCUCUACAAGGAUCUGGGAUGGGUUAACAUCCAUCAGUUAACAUCUGUUGAUGCUAUUGUUAUGUUUCUCUGUACCUAGAGCCCUCUGGAAGAGUUCCACUCAGUGGUGCCUAGCCAGAGGCAAGAGUUAGCUUGCCAGGAAAAAAAAAAAAAAAAGGGAAGAGAUCCGACCAUAAGGAAAAAAACCUCUUCUUCUUGAACUGGACAAUGGCUGUAGUUUUGGACCCUCAGGUCCAGGCUCCUCAAACACAAGAUGGAUUCCUCAUAGUUAAACUAGAAGAUGAUUCUCCCUGGCAUCAGGAAUCUUUCCUUCAUGGAAAUGAAGGUCCUGAGGCUUCCUGUCAGCGUUUCUGGCAGUUCCAAUACCAGGAGGCAACAGGGCCACGUGAAGCUUUGAACCAACUCCGUGAACUCUGUCAUCAGUGGUUGAGACCAGAGAAGUGCACUAAAGAGCAGAUUCUAGAGCUGUUGGUGCUGGAGCAGUUCCUGACUGUUCUUCCUAGAGAAAUUCAGACUUGGGUUAGAGAACAACAUCCUGAGAGUGGAGAGGAGGCAGUGACCAUGGUGGAAAAUUUGCAAAGAGAACCUGGCAGGUCAGGGCUGAAGGAGAACGCAGAGAGAUUACACCUAGAACCAGAGAAAGAGCUGAGCUGUGAUCCUAAGAUAGAGCCCCAUUCCCUUCAGGACAGUGCUCUGCCUACUCCUCAGGUGCUUGAUCUUCCUGCAGAAGCAAGUAGUAGUAACCAAGAGAUGAUGGGCAGGUCCCAGGAGCUGGUGACUUUUGGAGAUGUGGCCGUAUAUUUCUCUCAGGAGGCACAGGGACAGUUGGACCCAACUCCACCACCGGACCUCUUUCAAGAUCAAACUCAGGAGAAUUAUGAAAAUGGUGUCUCACAGAGAUUUCCAAUUCCCAGACCCAAUAUGAUCUCCCAGUUAGAGCAAGAGGAGAAACUGCAGAACCCAGAUCUUCAAGGCUCUAAGGAGAAUGGAAAUUCAAAAGAUUCUCAAAUAGGUGAACAAGCAAAACUUGUUCAAGCGCCAGUAAUGAAAAAAGUCAAACACUGGGAAGAUCUGGAGCGUCAGGGCUUGGAAGAUGAGAAGGUGGCAGGUGUACACUGGGGCUAUGAAGAAACCAAAAUUUUUCUAGGGAUUCUCAGUGAGUCUUGGAUUUAUGAAAAACUCCGAACUUGUCACCGGAACCGUCAGGUAUACCGGAUUGUGGCCGAGCGACUACGUGAGCGAGGCUUCCUCCGGACUCUGGAACAAUGUCGAUAUAGAUUUAAAAACCUUCAGACAAACUACCGCAAAGCAAGAAGCACCCACACCCCGGGAACCUGCCCCUUCUACGAGGAAAUGGAUGCUCUGAUGAGCUCCCGUGUGGCUGUCACUGCCCCAGAGGUGGAAAGGGAUCUCUUUGGGCAGGGGGAGCAUGAUGUUGAAACUGAAGAACUUGAGAGGGAUAGCUGGGAACAUGAAGAAAUAGCAAUGGCAGGGGUGGUAUUAGAGGGUGGAUCCAGGGAACUGGACCUGGUCUAUCCAGCAGCGUCUUUGGAAGAAUUGCAAUCAGGGGCUAUAACAGAAGAUUCUGAUGGUGAUGAAUUGGGUAAUGAUGAAACAUCUGAAAGUCCUGGUACCCCAACCCUGUUUUGGAGUGCCACGGGAGUGCACUGGGGAUAUGAAGAAACCAAGGUUUUUCUGGGGAUUCUUGGUGAGCCUCGUAUUUAUGAAAAACUCCGGACCUGUCACCGGAACCGUCAAGUGUACAGGAUUGUGGCUGAGCGGCUUCGUGAAUGUGGCUUCCUCCGAACUCUGGAGCAAUGUCGUUAUAGAUUUAAAAACCUUCAGACACACUACCGAAAAGCAAGAAGUGGCCACACCCCAGGGACCUGCCCUUUUUAUGAGGAGAUGGAUGCCCUGAUGAGUCCAUGGACCACCAUUACUCCCUUUGAUGUCCUAGAGGUGGCAGGGGGUCUUCUAAAGGGGAAAGCAGAAUCCAAGGAGAGCAUUGACUGGGAGAACCAUGAGACAGUAACAGAAGAUGGCAACCAUGUGGAAGUGGAGGCAUCACCAAAGGCACUCAAGAGCUUUAAGUCACAAGAUCUAUUUCAGAAUCCCAGUGAACUUCCCAUUUCCAAGCCAGAUUCAAACUCCAAGCCAGAGAGGGGGGAAGAGCUGUGGAAUGUCAAUCUCCUUGAUUCCAAGGAAAUUCAGAGAAGUCGCCAUACAGAUUUGGAAAUGAGCAAUGAGAAGGAGGAGAAUCUGAGCCAGGAAAUUUCUCAGGAAAUAGAACUACAUGCAACAUUACUGGGAAGCUCCAAAAGAAAUGUUUCCCAUUGUCUUAAUUGGAGGAAAGCCUGGGAAAGUGAAUACAGAACUGAAAGGCAAUGGAAAAUGCUCCCAGAGGAGGCACAAGGGCCACCGUCUCCUCAGGAAAGAAAUUUGGGCAAUUUUAUAGGUCUUCAGGGAACCUACAUAGGAGAAAACCCAAACACAUGUUCUGAAUGUGGGAAAAACUUCAGUCAGAGCUCACACCUUGCUGUACAUCGAUUAGCUCACAUUGGGGAAAAGAAAUUAUAUAAUUGUGAUGAGUGUGGCAAGACCUUUGGUCGAAGUUCACAUCUUAUUUGCCACCAGAGAAUCCACACAGGAGAGAAGCCUUACAAAUGUCCUGAAUGUGGAAAAGGCUUCAGUGAUCACUCUAACCUCACAGCACAUCAAAGAAUCCAUACAGGAGAAAAACCCUAUAAAUGUGGUGAGUGCUGGAAAAGCUUCAAUCAAAGCUCAAGCCUUAUUAUGCAUCAGAGAAUUCACACAGGAGAAAAACCCCACAAGUGCAGUGAAUGUGGAAAAAGCUUCACUAACAGCUCACAUUUCAAUGCUCACUGGAGGACUCACACAGGUGAAAAACCCUACCAGUGUCCUGAAUGUGGGAAAAGAUUUAGUAAGAGUUCUACCCUCACCAGCCAUCAGAGAAUACAUACAGGAGAAAAACCCUAUGAAUGUCUUGAAUGUGGGAAAAGUUUCAGUGAUCGUUCAAAUCUCAUUACACAUCGACGAAUUCAUACAGGAGAGAGACCCUAUAAGUGUGGUGAGUGCGGGAAAAGUUUCAAUCAGAGUUCAAGCCUUAUUAUACACCAGAGAAUACACACAGGAGAGAAACCCUAUGAAUGUAGUGAAUGUGGCAGAAGAUUUAAUAACAGCUCACACUUUAGUGCACACCGGAGAACUCAUGUGGGAGAGAAACGCUGACUGGCAUCAAAUGUUGGGGAAGUAUCAGUAAAGCUUCAAGUUUCACAUACCAGGUAAUCAACCCCAAAAGAAAAGUUUCUGUUGUAUUUAAUUCUGUACCACAUCUGAAAAAGACUAUAGUAGUUAAGGUUCACUGCCCACAGAAAUAAUGUUUCUGUUUUAUUAAAAUGUGCACUUGUCUUGGAAAAUAUGCUUCAGGAUUCUCUUUUAAAUGCUGUUGAAGCUGAAGCCAUGUUUCCAAAGCCAUUAGAGACCAGAGUUCUUUUCUGGCUCAGUCACCAUCUCACUGUACGGCUCCUGUAUCACUGUGCCAUAGCUUCCACACCUUGGAAAUAGGAAGAGGGCAGUUCUGUCCUUGAAUGCCCUCCCUGCCUGGAGAGAGGAGUGGCAUUAUCACCAUCAGCGUAGUGACAAUAACAGUCAUAUAACCUAGCUGCAGAGCAGGACUGUGGACCCACACUGAGUGUGCAGUUAUCACUGCCCAGCAUCACUUGAAGGACAUGAAAGAGAGACCACAUCUAGAGUCUCUUUCAGGGCCAGAGGUUGGUGUUCUCUAAACUACUACAAACACCACCUGCCAGCUUGGUUUUUCUUUAUUUAAUGAGGGAUGGCUAUGAGUAAUGGUACUAUAUUUAAUUCAAGUCAGUAGCCAUCAUAUUUAGUGCCUACUACAUACAAAGCACUGCAUUAUGCACUAUAGGUAGGAGGUGGAAGAAAUACAAAAAUAAUUGUUCCAAAUUACAGCUAUGCUUCCAUAGUGUUGAAGAAUUAUAUUCUUUGGUCCGAAACCUAGUGUUGUGCCUCAAAUAAGGUAGCUGGGUUAUAUAGAAGAGACAAAGUGGAUGGUUUCUUGAGAUGUGGUAAAGAGUUUCCUGGAAUGUGUCCUGAGCAAUAACUAAAAAGUACAGUGUCUUUAAGAAGACGUAGUUUUUUAGGCCUCUGAGUCCCCUGAACUAUAGAUAGGCUGAAUACUCCUUUUCCUCCCAUCAAAUCCCAUGAUCACUACCUGUGCCUCAUUGCUAGUCUCACCAAACAUCAAGAUGAAGGGAGUCAGGAUGGGCUCAGCAUGCGAGAUCAGAUGUCGCUUCCAGAAAGAUGAAAAAUUCUGAAGGUGAAGCUGCUUCCAUACCCUGCCUCUGGGAAUCUGAAAAAUUUUAGGAAACUUCAGAACCACAACAAUUUCCCUUUCUCUUAAUAAAACAGAAUUCUAUUUU